AAGAGUUGCAUAUAUCCUCAGUUUAAACACAAUGUCAGGCAGAAGAUCACGUUCCAAGCAGUCAAGUGUUUCCAGGAUCACCGACGAUCAGAUCGCCGAUCUUGUUUCCAAGCUGCAACAGCUUAUCCCCGAGCUUCGUCGACGCCGCUUCAACAAGGUAUCAUCUUCCAAGGUCUUACAGGAGACUUGCAACUAUAUCAGGAGCUUACAUAGAGAAGUGGACGACCUAAGCGACCGGUUAUCCCAGCUGUUAGCUUCCACAGACAGCGAUAGCGACCAAGCAGCCAUUAUCAGAAGUUUACUUAUGUAAUACUAAUAAUAUUCAGCC